AUGUCUGACCAUUAUAAUAUCCAGUUGGACACAAACGCACCACUGCAGAUGAUUCACCCCCACCCGCAAACAGUGCUACCACCUACCUCCCAGCACUUGGCGCCACUACUAGUGCCCCCAUCCGGAGUCAACACCUUGGGCGAUGUGCAAGUGCAAGUACCUCCAACCCUGGUAGGAGGUUCCAGCAGUGGCCCCAACAGUGGUGGUCCUGCGUCAGCGCCGCUGGCACUUCCGUCGGUGGUAGAAGCGCCCACCAGCUCCUCGGCCUUUGUGCUAAAGAUCCAUAACAUUCCGCACGACGUGUCGGUCCGCGAGGCCACCCUUGUGUUUGCCCUUGUGAUUGAUCAUAUCGUCAAGAUUGACUUGAACGCCAACGAGCAUGUGAUCAGCGCCUACUUCAACAACUUCAACACGUGCUUGACCACCUACAAGUUACUCCACCAAAAGUGCAUUUUUGGAAACGAUGUGCCUGUGAGUGUGGAGAUGGAAGAAAGUUUAGGGUUAGACUUCAACCAGUUGCUGUUGCGCAACGGUGGCAGCACCGGUGCCAGUGCAAGUGGCACCGUGCGCCUGCGGUUCUCAUUCAGCGACCCGUUCGAAUUUGACAAGGACCUCGAGUCGCAGACCAGCAGCCAGCCCCAAACUCCCAUUAACAACUUAAACUUUGACUGGAGCCAAUCCAAUUCUGCAUCUUUAGCAUCCAAAAACACCUCUUCGUCUCGAAGAACGUCGUCAGCAUUUUUCCAAUCCAACUUUUCCAAUAACUUGUUGAACAACUCGUUUUUGUCGCAGCCGCUCGGGCAGCCGAUUGUGGGCCAGUCGCUCAUGCAGCCGAUGGGCCAAAUCCCUGCGCCGCAGCUGGUGCUGCAAACGCUGCCGGACGCGCCGUCGGCGAGUGUGAAUGUUCAGUCGGGAACUGCUCUUGGUGCCAGUGCGAACUCCGGCCAGGCCCAGCCUCCUCUGCAGAACGGGUCUGUCUCCAGCACCGCGGCCAACACCGCCCCCACCCCUCCUGGUACCACUGCCAGCGCGCCCGCAUCGACCCAAUCGGCGCCGGCCACCGCCGUGUCGCCCUCGGCCUCGGCCGCCCAGCCGUCUGCCGCCAUCACCAGUCCCAUUCAACAGGUGGCUGGUGGGGCUCGCAAGGACGUACCAGACUUAUCACUCUUGGCCCGUGUCCCUCCCCCUGCCAACCCGGCCGACCAGAACCCUCCCUGCAAUACCCUUUACGUGGGAAACUUACCACCAGACGCUACCGAACAGGAAUUGCGGGCUUUGUUCUCUCCUCAAAAAGGUUUCAGACGCUUGCUGUUCCGCACAAAAGCAAAUGCAUCAGGCUCUGGUUCCAACAACCAUGGACCCAUGUGCUUUGUGGAGUUUGAAGACGUGGCCCAUGCCACCAGGGCGUUGGCUGAGCUUUAUGGCCGUAUCUUACCACGGCCAUCUAGUUCCAACGGUAAGGGAGGUAUCCGGUUGUCGUUCUCCAAGAACCCAUUGGGUGUGCGUGGCUCUCAAAGACGGUCCUCGUCGAAUCAAGUCAAUAACGGCACCUUCAAUUAUAACUAUCAUAUGAAACCGUGA